AUGCGCGGUGCGGCACCUCCCCCCCACAUGCUACCGACACAAAAGAUGUCCGCCCCAUUCGUUGCAUACGGACUUUGCGCCCGCGUACACCCGCCGUAUCUCUCUCCCUCCCUAUCUGCUGUUUCCGUAUGUGUACCGUAUCGCCCCCUCCCUUCCCCUCUGCCGUUGUCACCAUUACUUCCCCUGCUUACCCGAGUCCGUACGGUCGCUUUGCGCUUCAUCCCUGCACGUCGUCCUGUGCGCCCUACGGAUAUUCUUGUAACGUGCCGCGCUGCUGUGUGCGUGCUCUCCCCCUCCUCCCUCUUCCGUUCCCGCACAGUUCCUACCGAUGUCGAUACAUAUCUAGUGCCGCUACGGAAUUAUACUGUGCAUGGAAUGUGCGUGUUCGUUGUGCUCGUACACCCGGCGCUCGAGUUAGCGCCGAGCAUCGCAAAAAUUUACUGCACGGCGUUGGCUGUGCUUGUCGUUCCGUCGUCUCGUACGCAUACUUUCUCUCGCAUACUCUCGCUCGCAUAUUAUGUCCCCGUUCCCUCGUCCGCUCUCCGCUGUUCGCUGUCGCUCGCAAUAUGUAUCGUCUCGCUGCGCCCUUGUCUGAAACUCCUCACCAUAUAG